GAGGCAAUCCGAUCUGACAUGAUUGUAAUUGAUUUACAAAGGUGAGCAUUGGGUGGAAACAAGUGUUAGGUGGUUGAUUAUGUUAAAUGUUGGAUGAGGAACCGUGCAUUGUCUCUGAACUCCGCCGAAUUCGAUAUGAAUGCACCUAUCAUUAGCUGCUUCAUGGAGGUAUUUGCUAAUUCACAUUUCUGAGCCAUAAUUAAUUUCUUCUCUCUUCUUUUUUCAACACCCCCAGCGCACAAAGUUCUCAGAAAUUUCAACAACCCAGUGUACUGUUAUCCUGUGUUGUGGUAACACGCGCUAUUGUGAACAACUGAAUGAUCCCCUUCUUCUUGAACGGCGUUCUCUAUCGUAAUUGACGAUCUCAGCCUACCAAGCUUCACCACAGCAACACCUUUUGUGGCUGAAAACUUAUUUUUCCUUCAUUACUAGUACUACACAUACACAUCCUCUGCACCCCAUCUUCUGCCCUAGCUAUUAUUCGACGACGAGCAACAUGGUGAAUCUAGGAAAAUAUAUCACGCGAAUCGACUACGGCAGGACUGAAUAUGAAUGUGCCUACUGUUACAAAACCACAACUUCGCUCACUGCCCUGACCCAACACUGUCGUGAUUCCCGGGCCCAUUGCUGGUGCAAUCGCUGUGAAAGGGUAUUCCCUCACAAUACGGCACUGGAUGAUCAUUUGAAAUAUUCUUCUGCACAUCACAUCUGCGAGAGAGGUGAUUGUUAUGAAGACUUCCCAAUAUCUGAUGAGUUGGUAGACCAUAAAGAGGAGUGCCAUAACUGGUGCAAGCCUUGCAAUUGGUUUGCAGAGAGUCAAUAUCAGCUCAGAGAGCAUGAUAUCAACAGGCAUUUCAUGUGUGGAACAUGUGGUAUCUUUUUCCCGAAUGAUAAUAAUCGGCGAAUGCAUAUGAUCACCCACCAAGAGCGCGACAGAGAAUGUUACGGAUGCACAAGGAUGUUUUCAACCUUCUCUGCCAUGCUGAUCCAUCUCGAGGCCGGAAGGUGUUGCACAAGCAGAGACGAGUUGAAGUCCAUAGCUGCCGAAUGUAUAGAGAGCGACGAAUAUUUCCGAGGUUUUGAUGAAUAUUUCCCGUUCUAUUGUUCAAACUGCGACGUCGAGUUUUCCCGCCUCUCUGGACUCUACCAGCAUGUUGAAAUGCGCCUAGAGUGUCAAAACUUGCUUGAAGACGGUUCUUGUCUUUAUGAUCUGGAACACCACCUCAACAAUGAACUCUCUGACUAGUGUUUUGGCCUUUGCAGUCGCACUGCUUUAGUUGAAGUCUGAACUCUGUAAAAUUUUGUAAUCAAACGGCCUGUACAGACAUUUGCCAUGUGACUUUACAUGUAUUUGUCCUGUGCACUUGUUCUCCAUCUUCUUUUGUCUUUGUUCUGGGGAUGUGCUUGGUGGUCUUUUGUCUGUUCAGAUUAUGAUGGUUAGAUGUUUCUUUCUACUUCAUUCUUUCCACUGCAUUUUUACCCAUGUGUUGGAUGUCCUGCAAAAACAGCUCUCUCAUUUUCGCUACAUUGCGUGUAUGGGGAGAGGAGGUUUCAGUAAUCUUUGAGUGCUUCUUUAUUUCCUUGUGUACGUGGAAGGGGCCCUUUCCUCUUUGUCUAUGAGGGCUGCACAAAGUGGAAGAAGCCCAUGGAGGGAUGUACGGAUAUAUUCCAUAAGUCUAGUACUUUCUAUGAAGGAACAUAUCGUGGUUUGUCUUUCUUUUCUUUUCCUUUCUUUUCUUUUCUUUUCUUUUCUUUUUUUUAUU